AUGUCAAAUAAACUGAUUUCGAAAGAGGAAAAGUUCGUAAAUGCCGAACCCUACGCUAGUGGAAUUUCCAUUACUGAAGACGAUCUGAGUGGAUUCCAAUUUUCAGAAACUACCCACAGAAAACUUUACAGCAGACAUGUUCAGUUGAUAGCCAUAGGAGGUUCCAUAGGAACGGGGCUUUUUGUGACUAUUGGUACCACAGGUUUGGUGGGUGGAGGCCCUUUGGGAUUACUCUUGAGUUAUUCUCUCUGGACUGUAAUUAUCUUAUUAUUGACAACAGCGGUAGGAGAAAUGGUUUCCUAUUUGCCAGUGAAUUCUCCUUUCUUGACUAUGGCUGGCAGAGUCGUAGACCCUGCAUUUGAAUUUGCUUUUUCAAUCAACUUCUGGGUGAUGGAAAGUUUGUAUAUUCCUUUUGAAAUCACAGCUGCCAACGGGAUGAUUCACUUCUGGAGAGACGACUACUCGCCUGCCAUCACCAUUUGUAUCCAGAUUUUCAUUUACGCUGUUAUCAAUGUAUUUGCUGUCAGGUUAUAUGGUGAAUCGGAGUUCUGGUUGUCCUUAGGAAAAUUGAUCUUAUGUGUUGGUUUGAUUUUCUUCACUAUUAUCACUAUGUGUGGAGGUAACCCAGCUGGAGAUGCAUUUGGUUUCAGAAACUGGCAUGUUGCUGGUGGACCCAUGGCUACAUACAUUGCUACUGGAGCAUUAGGAAGAUUCCAGGCAUUCUUGUAUUCGUUGCGUAAUUCAGCCUGUUUCACUGUGGUUGGUCCUGAGUAUAUGUCCAUGGUGGCCGGUGAAGCUAUUAACCCCAGAAAGACUAUGCCUACUGCUUUCAAGACAGUUUUGUAUCGUUUAGCCAUUUUCUACAUUGGUGGUUCGUUAUGUGUGACGAUCUUGAUUGCAUAUAAUGAUCCAACAUACUUGAAAUUAACAGCUUUAUCUUCUAAUGCCGCUGCUUCACCCUAUGUCGUUGCAAUGGAGAACUUAGGGAUCAAGGUGUUGCCACACAUAGUCAAUGCUUUGGUUUUGUCUUCCGUCUUUUCUGCUGGUAACUCAUAUACGUAUUGUUCUUCCAGAGCAUUGUACGGUUUGGCUAGAAAGGGAUUCGUGCCAAAGUUCUUUAUGUGGUGUAACAGACAUGGUGUUCCUAUCUACUGUGUUGCGGUUUCCAUUGCAUUUGCCUUUUUAUCCCUCUUGCAACUAGGAGAUUCUGCUUCGAAUGUGUUAAGCUACAUGGUCAACUUGUGUACGGGUUCUCAAUUGUUGAAUUAUGGAUUUAUGUGUAUCACCUACAUUUGUUUUCACCGAGCUGUAGAAACUCAGGGCAUCGACAGAAAAACUUUCUCCUACAGAUCGUGGUUUCAACCUUAUUCGAUAUACUUUGUCACAGUCAUUAUGUGGUGUGUCAUUGGUAUUUUGGGCUACGAAGUGUUCAUGCCUGGCAGAUGGUCGGUAAAUUCGUUCUUGUACAGUUAUGUCAUGAUCUUUGUGAGCAUUGCUGCCUUCACAUUCUGGAAAGUAGUCAAGAGAACCAAAUUUAUCAAGCCUGGAGAUGCCGACUUGGUAACUGGAUUAGAAGAAAUCGAAGAACACGAGAGCGACUACUAUGCGCUGAUAGCAGUCGAGUCCUUGGAAGAGGAAGGUAUCAAGGGAAAGGUGCGUAGCGGGCUUAGCUGGAUUUUAUAG